CAGCUUGAUCGCUGGACUUCCACACAACCAAGCCCAGAUCCGCGGGGGAUAAAAGGGGCAGCGCGCUCCCUCGAGCAGAGCCGCUCUCCCCAUCGCGGCUGCUCACCGGUGCUGGGUCCUGCCGCCAUGAGCCGGCAAACGUUCAGCACGAGAGUGGGAGGGGGAGGCCGGUCCUACAGCGCGGCCUCCGCCGUCCUUCCCAGUGGCAGCAGGGCCGGAUUCAGCUCCGUGUCGGUGGCGCGAGCGGGAGGAGGUGGAGGCGGCUUUGGGAGGCUCAUUGGAGGUGGUGGUGGAGGUGGCGGAGGUGGUGGAUGUGGCUUUGGCAGCAGGAGCCUCUACAACCUCGGCGGUAGCAAGAGGAUCUCCAUCGGUGUUGGGAGCAGCUACCGAGCUGCUUUUGGGAGCGGGGCUGGUGGUGGCUCUGGCCUGGGAGGUGGCGGUGGCUAUGGACUCGGUGGUGGAGCUCUUGGCCUCGGUAGCGGAGCUCUUGGUCUCGGUGGUGGCGGAGCUCUUGGUCUCGGUGGUGGCGGAGCUCUUGGUCUCGGUGGUGCUGGGUUUGGCGCUGGUGGAGGUGCUGGCGGGCUCGGCUUUGGCGGUGGAGGGUUUGGCUUUGGCGGGGCGGGGGCACCGGGAGGGUUCGGUGCGGGGCUGGGGGGCGGCAGGAACCCCGCGGGAUUUGGCGCCAGCCCACCCGGAGUCGGGACAAUCCAGGAAGUGACCGUCAACCAGAGUCUGCUGUCGCCGCUGAACCUGGAGAUAGACCCGAACAUCCACCAGGUGCGAAAAGACGAGAGGGAGCAAAUCAAGACCCUCAACAACAAGUUUGCCUCUUUCAUUGACAAGGUUCGCUUCCUGGAGCAGCAGAACAAGGUGCUGGAGACCAAAUGGACCCUCCUGCAAGACCAGGGGCAGAAGAACAACUCGGGCAAGAGCAGCCUGGAGCCGCUGUUCGAGGCGUACAUCGGCAACCUGCGGCGGCAGCUCGGCAACCUGCUGGGCGAGAGGGGCCGCAUGGACGGGGAGCUCAAGAGCACGCAAGACCUGGUCGAGGACUUCAAGAACAAAUACGAGGAGGAAAUCAACCGCCGCACUGCAGCGGAGAACGAAUUCGUGGUGCUGAAGAAGGACGUGGACGCCGCUUACAUGAGCAAGGUGGAGCUGGAGGCCAAGGUGGAUGCGCUGACCGACGAGCUCAGCUUCCUGCGAGCCCUCUAUGACGCGGAGCUGGCUCAGCUCAGCGCGCAGGUGUCCGACACGGCCGUCGUUCUGUCCAUGGACAACAACCGCAACCUGGACCUCAGCAGCAUCAUCGCCGAGGUCAAAGCACAGUACGAGGACAUCGCCAACCGCAGCCGCGCUGAGGCCGAGGCCUGGUACCAAACCAAGUUCGAGGAGCUGCAGGCCACGGCCGGGAAGCACGGGGACGACCUCCGCAACACCAAGGGGGAGAUCUCGGAGCUCAACCGGCUGAUCCAGAGGAUCCGCUCGGAGAUUGAGAACACCAGGAACCAGGCAGCUCUUACCCCAAAAGCGAAGCAGCACUCAGGCUGCCCAACCCCUGCUCUUGCAGUGCGCCACCCUGCAGACGGCCGUCGCGGACGCCGAGGAGCGCGGCGAGCUGGCGCUCAAGGACGCCAAGGCCAAGAUGAUCGAGCUGGAGGCCGCGCUGCAGCAGGCCAAGGCCGACAUGGCCCGGCAGCUGCGCGAGUACCAGGAGCUCAUGAACGUCAAGCUGGCCCUGGACAUCGAGAUCGCGACCUACAGGAAGCUGCUGGAGGGCGAGGAGAGCAGGCUGAGCGGCGAGGGACUCAACCCCAUCAGCUAUUCUGUCAUCAGCUCCAGCUCCAGCGUGGCUGGCGGAGCUGGCUUAGGAGGAGGAUUUGGUGGACUGAGCCUAAGUGGAGGAGGUGGCGGAAGCAGCUUCAGCCUUGGAGGAGGCGGUGGAAGCGGUUUUGGUCUCGGAGGAGGCGGUGGAAGUGGUUUUGGUCUCGGAGGAGGUGGUGGAAGCAGUUUUGGUCUCGGAGGAGGCGGUGGAAGCGGUUUUGGUCUCGGAGGAGGCGGUGGUGGAGGCUACGGCUUUGGAAGCGGAGGAGGACUGGGACUCGGGGCCGGCGGGGGCCUGGGCGGGGGGCUCGGAGGGGGCAGCGCUCUCGGCACCGUGAGCGCUCUCGGCUACGGCGGCGGCAGCGGCCUGAGCACCAGCGGGGGGAAUUUCAGCUCCGGAAGCGCAAAAGGCAGCAACCCGGGCGUGAAGAUCGUCUCCAAAACCUCCUCCAGCAAAAAGAGCAUCAAGAGCCAAAGCCUGAAGAACGCGGCACCGCCUGAGUAAAGAUGAGAGCAGACCCUCCCCAGACCCUCCGCCCCGCGCCCCUCCCGCACCCCAGCCCCACACCCACCUCGCUCCCGGCUCCUCGACCGCACCUCUCCAGCGUCGCAUCACCGCUCCGGAAAAGCAGCGGAACACGUGGCAGCCACAUCUCCCGCAGCACCUGAAAUGGGAUUGGAAAUAAAACACGCGCCUCAGUGAUUUUCUGAAUGGGGAAUUGAUCUUUGAUUUUCAUUUCCGUUUGUGUGCUCUGGGCGAGGCUGAGCAGCCUUUGUCACCGUCGGCACAGAUCACACCGAGGCUGAGCAGCCUUUGUCACCGUCGGCACAGAUCACACCGAGGCUGAGCAGCGUUUGUCACCGUCGGCACAGAUCACACCGAGGCUCAGCAGCCUUUGUCACCGUCGGCACAGAUCACACCGCAGCGGAGACGCAACAGCUCGGGGUUUAGCUCAGUUCUGGCCCAUGGAAGCCCAGGGAUGGACGGAACACGCAUCGGCUCCUGCACCGUGUGAUGACCCAAACUCGCCCCUUUGAGCUACGCAGCUCGUCUUGAUCAGAAACGGGGGUUGUUUUUCUGUCCAGGAGGCCGCUGAGAGACCCCGGGCAGCGGUUUGGGAGCGUGAGGCCCCUCCUGGAGACAAACAGCCCUCACCACGGGAGACCAGCGUCACGCCACGGAACAUCCCCUUUCCCACUCACAUUCUAAAGUGUAAAUUCUAAACAACCGCUGGGGCAGAGGGUCCUUCUGCAGCUGUGCUGGUGUGCGCGGCUGUGCGGGUGCGCGGCUGUGCGGGCGUGCUGGUGUGCACGGCUGUGUGGCUGUGCGGCUGUGCGCGGCUGUGCGGGUGCGCGGCUGUGCGGGUUCACCGUCCGGGUCCACCCGAGGGUUCCUAGAAUGGCUGAAGAAACGCCAAAAUCAGCCACCAGCCCACGCGUCGCUGCCUCCCCCGUCUCUGUUUCUGGGAAAGCACCAUUAAGAGAGAAAACUGCCGCUUUUUGUACUUCCGCGACAGUGACGCGACGCUGUGUUUUCCCUGCUCUCUCUUUUUGGAACGUGUCUAAUAAAACCAGAUUGUAAUUA